AUGAAACAGAAACAGCCCGCAUUUUCCGCCGAUGACCCCUCGCAGCCUACUGCUGCGAUGCCCGUAGCCCCGACCGAGCAUUCGGCGAGCGCCGCACCCGCUCGAGACUCCGAGGAAGUGGCACUCCCGGCAGCCUCCCACGUCCCGCUUGUUCCAGCCCUAGAGGAGCUGUCAUCUGCUGCCGGUCCGGCUAAGCAGCAGGCCGCGGCGGACAAGCCAACAGCAGCGAGCUCCCAAGUAUUGCUCGCAACGAUUGCGGUGCACGCAGACAAGCAAGCCACACCCAAGCCACCCGAAGACGUCAAGGCCGAAACUGAGGUGUCAGGAGUCGCGGCUGAGGCCUCGUGCUCGACGCCUGCUGCUCCGAUUCCGUCCGAGGCGGGUGGCUGUGCCUCGAAAGAAGAUGCGCGACCGGCCUCUGCCGCUGCAGCCCACGUCUCGUCGGCCGCCGGUGCAGAGGCGACGGUGCUCUCUCCCCCACCGGCGAAAGACGUUCUCGGCGCUGGCGUGACCUCUGCGCCGGACACCGUGCUCGCCAGCGGCACUCAAGCCGUCACGUCGCCUUCCCUGCCUCCUCUUACGCGGGCAAUGAGCUUGCGAGAAAGGCUCAAGGCGAGCAGGAUAUUGAGUCCGAUCUCACUGCGCUUGGAAUCCUAUGACGUGGCCGCCAUGUCACUACGAAAUAUGUUGCCUCACCCUGCUGCUCGGAAGUUUCUGGGUUCUUGGGACCAGUCAAGCGGCCAUGAGAAGCUUUUUUUCCCACUUUCCUACCACAACACGGAAGCAAAAAUGGCCGCCUCCGAGAGCAGCGUGCGUGCUUCGAAAGAUCUCAUAUCUCUUGAUUCCGCUGCGUCUUCGGCUGAUUUUAUCAAUGGAUCGAGUAACAGUGAGCCUGAGGAUGGUGGCUUAUUGUCGGACUUCGACUAUGAGAGUGACGACAAUGCAAACUAG